UGCCAAAUAGGUUUGAGCUCAAGAAGGACAGAAGAGACAUUGGAUUGUCCAGACCUUCUUCUUGCCACCAAGAACUCUUUGUUGUCCAAAGUAGAGCAGACGAAGCUCGUCCUCACAAAAUUCCAGUUGGAUGACACCAUGGUUCUGAAAACACAACUGUCUUCAGAACCAAGCGAUCUGGAUUUCAGUGUUCUCGUGCCCGUGUUUUUUCAGUCCGUUGCGUUUGAACAACUUCUG